GGCAAUAUUGGAUCAUCAAAUUGGGGUCUUAACUUGCUUCAAGAGGAGAAUGUAAUUCCCGAUAUAAUGGCACUUGCGCAACAUUGUGAGGUUCUCUCUGUUAGAGGAACCUGUGUCUACGCGCUUGGUCUAAUAGCCAAAACUAAACAAGGAUGUGAUGUUUUGAAGCAUCAUAACUGGGAUGCAGUGAGACACAGUCGUAGACAGCCUUGGCCAGUGGUCCCUGAUGACAUGGAGCAGCUCUGCAAUGAACUUUCUUCUAUACCCAGCACUCUUAGCUUGAACUCUGAGUCUACCGGUUCUAGGCAUAACAGUGAAAGCGAAUCUACGCCUUCAAGCAUGUUCAUCAUGGAGGAUGACCGUUUUGGUAGUACUUCCACUAGUACGUUCUUCCUAGAUAUUACUGAAGAUACAGAAAAAAUAUUUUAUGACAGACCUGGACCUUCAAAGGACAAAGACCGUAGUCCCUUUCCUUUUUUUUCUUCUACAAGACUUGUGAAAAAUCGCAUUCUAAACUCUCUUACUCUACCUAAUAAAAAACAUAGAAGUAGCAGUGAUUCAAAAGGAGGAAAGCUGACAUCUGACAGUAAAUCAGAUCUGAGGCGAAAUCGUACUGUAACAGAACCUUCCAGUAGCGUAGACUUUCCUGCUGGGGAAGAAUUCAACCCUGUUUUCAGAGUUCCUAAAAUCCAGACUUUACGAUUAGAAACUUCUUUUGUUGGAAGUAAGCACAUGGAAGAUACUGAUAGUACCCCAAGUAUUGGAGAAAAUGAUCUGAAGCUGCCAAAAGGUCUUGGAAAUGAAAUUCACCGGGAAAACACAAGCAGAGAAAGGCUAAUAGGAGAUGGUACUACACAAACACAUUUCAAGAGUCGUAGCUUAAGUUUUAAUACAGAUACCACAACAAGUGGCAUAAGCUCAAUGAGCUCUAGCCCUUCAAGGGAGACUGUAGGUGUGGACACUACAAAUGUAGAUACUGACUGUGGAAGUUUGAGUACUGUGGUAAGCACAAAAACAGUUAAACCGAGUCACUGUUCAACACCACAGUCUAACCACCUGCUUCUCUCAAAAUCCAACUCUGUAUCCUUGGUACUGCCAGGGUCUUCUCAUACACUUCCCCGAAGAGCCCAGUCUCUUAAGGCUCCUUCUCUUGCUACAAUAAAAAGUCUUGCUGACUAUAACUUUAGCUACACAAGUUCUCGAGAUGCCUUUGGCUAUGCUACACUAAAACGCUUACAACAGCAGAGAAUGCAUCCUUCACUGUCUCACUCAGAAGCCCUAGCAUCUCCAGCAAAGGAUGUGCUGUUUACUGACACUAUUACCAUGAAGUCUGGAAGCCUGGAUUCUCGGCUGACCCCAAGCCGGUUCAUGAAAGCUUUAAGUUACGCUUCAUUAGAUAAAGAAGAUUUAUUAAGUCCUAUUAACCAAAACACGCUUCAGCGUUCCUCCUCUGUUCGCUCCAUGGUUUCUAAUGCUACAUAUGGUAGCUCUGAUGAUUACAUUGGCCUUGCUCUCCCAGUGGAUAUCAAUGAAAUAUUUCAGGUAAAGGAAACUCCAUAUUUCCAGAAGAAAACCAUACUUCCAUUUGAUGACCGUGGAGCUAGGGUCUUUGCACCUGAUGCAGAAGGUCUUCCAUCAGGUAUAAGUGAUGUUGUCAAAAGUCCUUUUCAGAUGCUCCAACAGCAGAUCAGUCUCACAGAAAUAAUGAAUACCAGCCGUUCAGAUGCCUCUCAGUUUUUAGAAAAUACAGAGGAUACAGGGCUACAGGAGCACACAGAUGAGAAUUGCCUUUACUGUGUCUGCAUUCAAAUACUGGGUUAUCAGUCUAACAACAAAGUAAACUCUUCAUAUAGUCAUACAGAUUUUUCAGACAUUCCAUAUACUGACUGGUGUGGGCAGACCAUACACAGUCACUUAGAUGUGCAUUCCUCAAAAUUUUCUGGAAUUUCAAGCUGUAGUGAUGCAGUAUCCCGUAGUUCAGCUAGCAGCACCAAGAGUACAGAGCUUGUACUUGGAGUAAAAUCAAUCCCAGAUGAUACACCAGUGUGCAGAAUACUUCUGCGAAAAGAAGUCUUACGUUUAGUAAUCAAUUUGAGUAGUUCAGUAGGAACUAAGGGCCAUGAAACUGGACUCCUGACAAUUAAGGAGAAAUAUCCCCAAGCAUUUGAUGACAUAUGCCUUUACUCUGAGGUGUCCUACUUGUUAGCACAUUGUACAUUUCGACUUCCAUCUCGAAGGUUCAUUCAGGAGCUAUUUCAAGAUGUACAGUUCUUACAAUCUUUUUUAACAACCCCAACAAACCAGCCAGUAAUUGAUACAUCAUCUGAAUCCUGA